AAAAAGCGAAAUGCCUCAUAAAACAUAUGAAGAAAUCUUGUUACAAACGUGUAAGCGUAAAUAAAUUAGUUAUAGUAAAAAAGUACAGGCCAGCUAUAAAAAAGGUUCAGAGGACACCAACUGAAUUAUUUUGUGGCUUAUGUAAUUUCUCGUCCUCCAGUAGCAAUGACUUGAAGCAACAUUUGAAUGAACAUUGGGAGAAAAAUAAUUUACAGUGCGGGUUGUGCAAUUACAUUGGCAAGGAUCUCGCUGAAAUGGUAGGACACAGAUCGACACAUCAACCCGACGAGUUCUUUUCGAUACUGGCUAACAGAGUAUGCCACAUAUGCGAUAAGAGGAGUGUAACAAUAAUGAGAUUGCAGUACCAUUAUAGGUCGGCUCAUUUGAACAAAGAUGGCGGCCUUUGUUCGGUAUGCCGCAAAACGUUCCGUUGUUACAAAGCCUGGAGGAAUCAUGAGAGGCUGCAUAAAGGCGGCAGAUAUAUCUGUGAUCUUUGUGGACAUAAGUUCUUAUAUAGGCAUCAAAUAAAGAUACAUCUGGCGGAACAUUCGGACGUAAGAAGUUGUAUUUGCGAUAUAUGUGGUAAAGGUUUUAAGAGGGCGUCGUAUUUAAAGGAACACAUGAACACUGUACACACAAAAGAGCCAGUAAAAUGUACACACUGUGAUAAAAUAUUUAAGUGUCCGGCAAAUUUGAAAGAACAUUUGAAGUACAUCAAUAAAGAGAAAAAUUUUCAGUGCGAAGUGUGUUUGAAAUAUUUUUCAUCGCCAACUUCGCUCAAGAACCACAUGUUCUGGCACUCCGGUGAAAGGCCUUACAGUUGUGAGAAAUGCGGGGCGAAAUACAAGGCGAAGUCGCAACUGAAGAUUCAUAUGAGAAAGCAUACUGGACAGAGACCUUAUCCGUGCGAACAGUGUGAUAAAUGCUUUUCAACUUCGAUGCAACUUAAGCGUCACAGAAGCGUCCACACUGGGGAUCGCCCAUACAAAUGCAUGAUUUGCACCCGAUCGUUCUAUUACAAGAAGUUGUUAUUGACACAUUGCACUUUGAAGCAUAAACGUGUUGAUGUAAAGUCUGAAAUAAGCUCACAGUAA